AAUGCAGCAUCUGAGAGAGUAUAGAGGGGAGAGACGUGCAAAGAAAGUACAACACGCCCUCCCACCUGUGCUGCAUUCUGGGAGGCAGCCUCCACCAAUGAGAAGCAGGCUACGUCACAAGAGGUGCAGUGCAGCUAGGUCCUUGGUAGGUGUGGCCUCUGCAGCACAUGAAACACGUCAUAGAGUGCGCGCACUGAAUUCUGGGAGGCAGCCUUGACCAAUAAGAAGGCGACUGCGUCACAAGAGGCUGGUGGGCGCGCGCCUGCCUGCGCAUUUGGGCUCGCGCUUGGGGCAGCGCCAUUGCCGUGGCCGAGGGCGGCCGGCCGCUCCACCAUGGUGGACUAUUACGAGGUGCUGGGCGUGCCCCGCCAGGCCUCGUCUGAUGCCAUCAAGAAGGCUUACCGCAAGCUUGCGCUCAAGUGGCACCCGGACAAGAACCCCGAGAACAAGGAGGAGGCGGAGCGGAGGUUCAAGCAGGUGGCGCAGGCCUAUGAGGUGCUGUCGGACGCCAAGAAGAGGGACGUGUACGAUCGCUACGGAGAGGCGGGCGUGGAGGACGGGGGCUGCGGCGGGGGCUCCUUCCAGGACUCCUUCCCCUUCGUCUUCACCUUCCGAGACCCGGCCGAGGUCUUCAGGGAGUUCUUCGGCGGCCGCGACCCGUUCUCCUUUGACUUCUUCGGAGACCCGUUCGAGAGCAUGUUGGGGGGGCGGCGCAGCUCCCGGGGCAGCCGGAACAGGGGGCUCUUCUCCACCUUCAGCGAAUUCCCCGCCUUCGGGGGCGGCUUUUCUCCUUUUGAUCCUGGAUACUCGUCUUUCGGUUCCAUGGGGGGCGGGGGCCUGUCUUCCUUCUCCUUGUCUUGCGGGAGUGGCGGGAUGGGCAACUUCCGGUCCAUGUCGACCUCCACCGAGAUCGUCAAUGGCAGAAAGAUCACCACCAAGAGGAUCGUGGAGAAUGGCCAAGAAAGGGUGGAAGUGGAGGAGGACGGAGAGCUAAAGUCCCUGAUAAUAAAUGGCAAAGAGCAGCUGUUGCGCAUCGACACCAACUAAUAGGUCUUGAAAAGCACCGCCGUGAGGAAUAGCAGGAUUUUUUUUUUAAACAAUUGCAAGGGAAUUCUACUUUCAGGACAACUGUACUCAAGAAUUUAUAAACGGUCGAUGCCAACGCCUACUUGUUGUUAUUGUUGGGAUGGACGCGAGUAGGCCCGCUGUUUGCUUUGUCGUUAGAACUGUUGUAAAUAUCUGUGUGCACGUUGCUAUUUAUUAAACAUAGUUCUGAGGCAG